AUGCGGCAUGAAACACAAGAUUGCCACACCAUAUCAUUCGCAAAUAAGUGGUCAAGUGGAGAUAUCCAACCGAGAGCUGAAGCGAAUAUUGGAGAAGACGGUUGGAAGUUCAAGAAAAGACUGUCGAAGAAGCUUGAUGAUGCACUGUGGGCAUACCGGACUGCAUUCAAGACGCCAAUUGGAAUGUCUCCUUUCCAAUUAAUGUUUGGAAAGGCCUGUCACUUACCACUGGAAUUGGAACAUAAAGCUUUUUGGGCAAUAAAGUACCUCAACUUUGAUUCCAUGACCGCAGCUGAGAAAAGGCUUCUGCAACUGGAUGAACUGGACGAGUUCAGACUCUCUGCAUACGAAAGUGCAAGCCUGUACAAAGAGAAGACGAAGAAGUGGCACGACAAAAAGAUCCUGCCUCGAGACUUUAAGGUGGGGAAUCAGGUAUUACUCUUUAACUCUCGUCUUCGUCUCUUCCUUGGAAAACUUAAGUCUCGACGGUAA